AUGAAGUUUAGUCUCAUCUGGAACUUUGCUCUCUACUCUAUGCUGGGCUACUCAGGGGCUCUUGCUGGAUCGUUGUGCUACGGGCCCGAUAUCACCAGCCGUGCUUACCAUGAUAAUUACAUCACCGUUUGGGGCGGAAGUCUGUUGCUCAUUGACACUAGCUUCCACCCGGAUGUUGUUCUCUUUGUUGACAGCUUCCCAUCAGCAAGUGGCAAUGGAAGCUCGGCCACCAACGUGACAAACAGAAAUGAGUUUACUGCCUUUGUUGAAAGAUCGCGAACGGUUGCAGCCGAUCAUUCUGUUGCUGUUCGGUGGAUAAUGCAUGGUGUCCUCGGAUCGAACUUCAAACUCUUUCCAACACCAUUGGAAGCCGGUACUCCUGUCACCUAUAACGGAACAGAAUUCCUUGUCCAGGAUGACUGUACAGGACAUAUUAGGGAAGCGUAUAUUGCCGCAGAUAGUAUUUCAUACAUCCAUGCGAUGGACUUGGAGGCUGUCACUGUUCAAGGAUACCAGAACAGUUACAAAAUUGGCACCAUAAUCGCCCUGGGAUCGCCAACUGGUAGACUGGACCUUGGUAACCUAGGGUCACAUUAG